UGGUGAUAAUAAUGCCUUAAAAAGGGCAGUGCCUGCAGUUUGCCAAUGCACAGUGUACGUUAUGAAGCCCAAAUCGCUGGUUCUUUUGCUGUGUUGCUUGGCUCUGGUUCAGAGUCAGGAUGACUAUGAAGACCCAAGUGUGACCGACAACGGUGAAAGAUGCCAAGACAUCGAUGAAUUUUGCAGAGGAGACUAUCAAAGCCCUAUCGAUCUAAGAACACAAAAAGCCAUUACAACGAUUGACACUAUAAGGCUGAGAUUGGUGAGAUAUAAUCUGAACCCAACCGAGGUGACAGUAACCAACGACGGAUGUUCAGCCAUUUACAGGUUUAAAUAUGAGAGUAACCAAAAAUUCAUUGCACGGAAUGGUACUCUGGGUCGUACGAACUACGAAUUCGUAAGACUCCAGUUCCACUGGGGAGAAACUUCCGACCGAGGAUCCGAGCACGUGACGAACGGACGUCGAUACUCCAUGGAAAUGCAGUUGGUGUUCUUCAACCAGAAAUAUGACUCGUUUCAGGAUGCUCGAGCGUACACGGAUGGUCUAGCAGUGCUUUCGAUAUUCUUCAACAGUAGCACUGCGGAACGCGACUACGGUUGGAUUAAGGCCCUGAAUCAAGUUCGACGAGCGGGAACCACAUAUACAUUACCGGAUCCGACGGUGUUCAACAUUUAUGAUCUCAUAGGGGCCAACAGAUAUCCAUACUUUACCUACUUUGGAAGUUUGACUACUCGUCCGUGCAGUCAAGCGGUUACCUGGAUUGUACACACAGUGGCUCUACCGAUUACAGAGAGGCAGCUGAAUGUUUUCCGCUCGUUACGAAAGUUUAAUCGUAUGAUACUGGUCGAUAACUAUCGGCCGCUACAAAAUGCUACCAGAAGAAAACUAACUUUAGUUACAAGAACUACACAAACAGAUUAAUAUGACUCUACUAGCUAGUAUGUAACAGGGGAACAGAUCGAAAAAAAAUGAAUAAGUGAUAUAGCGAUUGGAACUUGAUAUUUUCGUCGAAACCUCU